GGACGCUAUCGACCAUGGGGACUCUAUCCAAGCCAGAGACUCCCCACGCACUGCCUUUGAACUCAAAGCAGCCAAACGACAUUCAUGCUGUCAGUAGCUCACUGCCAACAUGGAGAAGUGUCGUGGGAGCGGCAAACUACGAGGAUUGGAUCAUGGAUACCCUCGAGGUUGAUUAUCCAAGAUUUGUUGUCCAUGCAUUGAUCCAGAGAUUACUUGCCGAUGUAAAAAGUCGACUUGGGAUUUCAGACAGCCUAGAUGGCAUGGCAUUCCCAUCAGAACAGACUGCAAAGAGGUUUGUCUUUCAUUUGAGCGCGAACAAAGUCGACCGCGAGUUGAAACCCAUCCGGUUCUAUCUCCCAGAUGAAAAGAAUGACCAGUCUUGGUCAAGCUUCUACGCCGUCUUUUUUCCCAAAAACCUGGGCGAAGAUGCACUCCAUCUCUGGACUAUCCUCGGUGAGGGCCUGACAAGCCGUCAUGCCGAGUUUCUUCAGGGACGAAUCGACUACAUGGCUUCUGAGUGUGAGGACACUUCGUUCUGCACUUCUGCUCCUGUCAAAGCUGGCAUCUUGUCUGUUCCAUGGAAGAACUCUGCCCAGUUGGAAAAGCAGCAGAUCAGGGACCGAAUUUCUCAUUUUGCGACAUCCGAAAGACUGGGCUCUAUACCAGUCCCAUCCAGCGAUGUCUUUCUGUAUGAAAAGGGCAUGUCUGCAAUUGCUGCCAUUGCAAGAUGCAUGUCGACAUCCGUCGAUGAUAUCCCGUCCAAUGCUGUUAUUUAUGGAUGGACAUACACCGAAACACCCGGAGCAGCCCGACUCUCUGGAUUCCAACAAUGCACGCAUUUCGCACUCGGAACAGCAAAAGAGCUGGACGAGCUCGAAUUAUUUCUUGCGUCAGGUCAGCAGGUAAAGGUGCUAUUUACUGAGCUACCGUGCAAUCCUACUGUGGAAAGUCCAGACCUUGCCCGCAUUCGCGCACUCGCAGAUCAAUACAAUUUCAUUGUUGUCUGCGACGACACUCUGGCUUCAUUUGCCAACGUCGAUCUGUUCCCAUAUGUCGAUGUGCUCGUCACAAGCUUGACCAAGAUCUUCAGCGGUGCUGCGAACGUCAUGGGUGGGAGCGUGGUCAUCAACCCCCAAUCCCCCCAUCACGAUUUCAUACAUUCAGCCCUGACCACCAACUAUGAAGACAACCUCUUCCCUCUCGACGCUAUCGUCCUCGCCCACAACUCGAUCGACUACGUCCAACGAACCCACCGCUGCAACAAAACCGCCUUCACCCUUGCAACCGCCCUCUCAGCACACAAAUCCAUCCGAAAAGUACACUACCCACCAUUCGUCCAAACAGCACCAUUGUAUGAAAAGGUCCGUCGGCGAAAUGGUGGGUAUGGGUUUAUCCUCAGCCUAUUCUUUCAUUCACUGGAAAGUGCGGUCUGUUUUUAUAACGCGUUAGAUGUGCGAAAGGGGGCUAGCUGUGGGACAAACUUUACCCUGGCCAUUGCGUAUACCGAGUUAACGCAUAAUAAGGAUUUUGCGUGGGCGGCAGAAAGUGGUGUGACGAGGGACUGUGUGAGGAUCAGUGUUGGGUUGGAGGAUGAGGAUGUGUUGUUAGACCGGAUGGAGAGAGCUCUGGAUGAGGUCCACAAGGUUGAGGGGUCAGCAUGAUAUAGUAUAGAUCAUAGAUUAUUAGUUCCGUUGAAUUUAAGCUCAUCUAAUCCACUA